AUGGCUAACCCAUUCGAAAUACUACGUAAUCUUCGAGAAAGUCUUCCAGCAGACACUCCCGAAAACCAGAAUGAAAGAGAAAAGUUACUACACGAAUUGACAAACAUAUCCCUGUCAUUAGAGAGUCAAAACAAUGCUGUCGCAAGGAUUUCAUCCCAGCUGAUAGAAACUGUUGCCUGUAGAGUUGCUGUCGAUCUUGGCAUAUUUGAGCUGUUGGAGAACACAUCCUCGCCGAAAACUGUAACUCAUAUUGCCAGGAGAUUACCCGGUGCCGAUCCAACCCUUAUUGGCCGAGUCCUACGAUGUCUUGAGUCUUUUGGAGCUAUCGGUGGAAAUAGCUCAGCUGGUUAUACGUCAAGCACGGUUUCAAAGGCACUUUGUAACAUACGGAAUCAAACCUGUCUUAAAUUAUGCUUCGACAUCUUAGCUCCCGGUUGGUUACUCAUACCUCAGUUUUUGAAAUACAAGCAGUAUCAAAAUCCUACAAGUGAUACAGAUACGCCAUUCGCAAAAGCUUAUGGUUUCAAAGAUGGUGCAACGAUAUGGCAAAUCUUAGAAAGUACUGGUUAUAUGCCACUUGUAGAACUCUGGAUGCAAAGUUCUAAUGAUGGUCAUAAGAAUUUUGUUGACAUAUAUCCAGCUAUGGAUCGACUUGCAGCCGGAGCAUCAACCGGUUCCGAAUCAGUUAUGAUGGUUGAUGUGAGCGGAGGGCAAGGCCAUCAAGCUAUUGCUAUGAAGAAAAAGUUUCCCAAUCUCCCAGGAAGAUAUAUUGUAACCGAUCUUGCUCACGGACUACCUGCAAACAGAGAUAACAGUGUGGGAGUGGAAUUCUUGGUCCAUGAUUUUAUGACAGAAAUGCCUGUCAAAGGUGCUCGUCUCUACUAUCUCAGAUAUAUAUCCCAUGACUGGCCACAAGCUAUCAUGAUCCAAAUUCUUAAUCACAUCCGUAGAGCCAUGAAACCAGGAUAUUCCAAGGUGAUCAUCAACGACUGGAUUGUUCCAGCAGAUGGGGCAUCAAAAUUAAUGACUGCUCAAGACUUCAAAAUGAUGGCUACUGGAGGAGGUAUGGAACGUACACAGGCUUUGCACCAGGAAUACAUUGCUGCCGCGGGGUUGAAAAUCAGUGGAAUUUGGAAGGCAGAUGACGACAUCAGCGAGAGUGUCAUUGAGUGUGAGAUUGCCUCGGUCAAUCAAUGCGGAUGUAUCUAG